CAAGACGUCACCAAGCCCCGCCCACUGAAGGGCAAGCUGUCAUCAAUCCCCUCCCACGGAAGGGCAUGACAUCACCACAGUAGGGAGGAGUUGUAAACCCUCCAGAGAACAUGCCCAGGCAUGCCCAGAGCCUCCUGUACCAUGAGCCCUACCCACCUGACAUGUGAGGACCAAUAGGAAGGAGUUCCCACCCUGCGUGUCAUUGUGCUCUUAUUGGUUGAUAAGGGAUACUGGUGGAUAUAAGUAGCAUGCUCAGGUGUAGGUUCCUGCAGAAGGGACCAUUGUACAGUUUUGCAGAGAGAAUGUCUGAUUUUGAGACACCCUCACGCCCCACGACCCUACCUUUACCGAUGGCACCUGUGAAGCCUAGAAGGGGUCGUUCCAAAUAUGGUUUAAUGAGGAGCCUCUCCUACUCUCCACCCUCGAGCCUGAAAAAUGGACAAGAUCUGGACUCCUGUGCCACUCCUGAAGGUGUAACUGUGGAAACGGAGAACAGAGAUCCUCAAGAAGUAGAGUGGGAAUCUGAGAGCCGUGAACCACCAGGAACAGCCCUAAAGCAGAGAAACAGAAAACAGCAGCUGAGGAGCAGGACGAAUCGGUUGAAGAACCAUCUAUGGGAACUGGACCCCGAGAGUCUGAAGAGGCGAUUGUGGAACCUGAGGGGAGAGAACCAGUACCCCCCAAUCCCAGAAACGCCUCAGGAGUACCAGUGUGCCGAUCAGCGUUGUUGGAUGUGCGACGAUUGUGAGACACCAUGGCCAUCCAGCCCUACAGAGGCUUACUUAAGGGAUGUAAGCGUUACAUCAGCAGCCGAAGGUGAGGAGGAAUGUAUGGAUAGUGGUAUGGUUACCAAGGCCAUGCCUGAAGAGCUAAAUGAAAAUGUGGAGGUUCCCAAGAUGGCCAGGAACUUUGAGAACAUGCAUCUUGGCGAUGUCAACCUUUCCUGUAUCACAUGUGUCUGUGCUGAAAACGAUCAAUAAAAGAAUUUUGUUUGAAAAAA